AUGGAAACAUUCGUGAACAUCAGGGUUUCAAAACGAAAGAGAAGAGAAGGGCCUGAUUCAUCGUCGUCGGGUGCAGUCGACCCGUUCCAUCCAUUCCGAUGUAAAAGCCAGUUUCGUAUGAGGGGCAGCAGUGUAGAGAUCUACCAAGAUGUGCCUGUUUCGAGGGGUGAAGGGGGAUCGGUUACUGAAGCUUCGGGUUGGGUCCACAAAGCACAUAUGAAGCUUUUGGCGGUGGAAGAAGAGGUGAAAGAAACACAAAAAGCCAUGGAAGCGGCAGCCAAAAAACCAAGGCAUAAGAAGGCUUGGGGAAUUUCGCGUUUUUCAGAGAAGAUGGAGAAAGAGUUAGAGGAAUCAUCAUUGAUUUUACCACAUAAAAAUUAUCCCUUCAGUUCUGACAGUGUGCCGGAAUGGGUUAUGGAUCAGUGGGUGAAGGAUCUGAAUCAGUGGAAGGCGUACUUCAAGUCAAUGCACGAUUCCCAGGGUUUGGACAUCACCUGGCCUCCUGGUUUCAACCGCAACAAAGAAGCAGAAACAGUCCUGCCUUAUAAGUUCAAGGCCACAAUCUUGCCUUUCAAUUUCAAACAAGAUGAUUCAAUUUCACCCGAGGUCCAUGAGAUGGCCCAAGAUUGCAUUGAUGUUUACAAUGAAGAACAUGAGCAGGAGCAAUAUGUUUAUGAUCAUGUGGUUGAGAAGAUGGCUGUUUCCACCACACCUUUUUAUUCGCUAUAUUAUAUCACCUUCAAAGCAUCUGAUGUUUGCGGCAAGAAGCAAACUUUUCUAGGUCAGUACGUUAUUUAUAAGCAUAUGGGGAGAGAUAAUGAGGGAGUUGAGGUGGAUAGAGGGUUUGUAUCUUGCGUACGGAAAGACUUGGCUCUGUUAAGUUUUAGUCCUGAUGAGCCUUGCGAACUUAGUUGUUGUAGCCGCUACCAUAUGUACCAUGGCAGUAGUCGCACAUACAGCAAGUAUUUAAGUGAAUGUUUCAAGAAAGGAGGAGCACCAUUUUGGGCACAAGGAGAGCGUCGUGAUUGGAGGAAGAAAGGAGCACCGCCCUAUUGGUCGGACGGAGAAAAGGAGAAUCAUUCCCUUGGUCGCAAGACUACUACCGUGCAUGAUUGGAGGAAGAAAGGAGGAGGACGCUCUUGGUCAGAAGAAAGGGGGAGCACCAUCCUGUUGAUUGCAAGGAGUGUUUCAUCCAAGAUUCGAGGAAGAAAAGGAAGAGCACCCUCUUGA